AUGAAGGUGGAGGGGGUGGACUUCCCAAAAGGACGACCAGGACUGCUGAGCUGCCUGCCAUCCCGAAGCCCAGCUGCGAGCCAGUGUGGUGGGGGCUCCACCUGGGCCACCUGCAUGGAAGCCAGGCGGCAGCUGUGCCCACCUGGGGUCCUGUGGCUGGCCUUUGCCUCUCUGAUAAGCUGUCUGCUCGCCACUGGCCAAGCCAAGGUCUACAGUCGCUGUGAGCUGGUCAGAGUGCUGCAGACUUUUGGCCUGGAGGGAUACAGGGGCUACAGCCUGGCUGACUGGAUUUGUCUAGCUUAUUUUGCAAGCGGAUUCGACGCAGGUGCUUUGGACUAUGAACCUGAUGGAAGCACCAACUAUGGCAUCUUCCAGAUUAAUAGCCGGAAGUGGUGCAGAAAUCUCAGUGAAAAUGCCACCAAUGGAUGCCACAUGUACUGCACCGAUUUACUAAAUCCCAAUCUCAAAGACACUGUUAUCUGUGCCAUGAAGAUAAGUCAAGAGACCCAGGGUCUGAGCAGCUGGGAGGCCUGGAGGCACCACUGCCAGGGCCAGGACCUCAGCGACUGGGUGGAUGGCUGUGACUUCUAG